AUGGCCGCCGCCAUCUUGCGACGGGCGCGCUCCCGCCGGCGCCGCCCGCCCGCGUCCCCACGGCGCGCGCACGCCGGCCCCGCCCCACCCAGGGCCCGCCCCGCGCCCUCUGACCCUGCGGGCCCCGCCCCCAGGCCCACGCGGUUGUGUCGCUGCCGGAAGUGGCGGCGCUGGUCAGGGCUGGCUUGGAGCAUGGAGGGCACGCGGGGCGUGGGGCGCGAGGCGGCGGCGUCUGGGGCGCUGCCGGGGAAGCGGCCGCCGGAGCCGGAGCCGGAGCCGGAGGAGCCUUCCCUCCUUGGCGCUCCUGGGCCUGGCAGCCAUCCUGGCCUCUCCGACAGCGAGGAAAGUGUGUUCUCAGGCCUGGAAGAUUCCGGCAGUGACAGUAGUGAGGCUGACACUGCGGCUGAGGAGGAGGAUGGGGCCAGCAACGAUGAGCAGCACAGCAGGACGGAGAAGACCCCCGGGCAGCAGGCCGGGACCCCUUCCCCGAGGACGGAGGUGGCGAGCGUGCGGGACGAGGACGAGGACGAGUACGGGGAGGACAGCUCUGACGAGGAGGACAUCCGGAACACGGUGGGCAACGUGCCCUUGGAAUGGUACGAUGACUUCCCCCACGUGGGCUACGACCUGGACGGCAGGCGCAUCUAUAAGCCCCUGCGCACCCCUGACGAGCUGGACCAGUUUCUGGACAAGAUGGACAACGCUGACUACUGGCGCACGGUGCGGGACCGGAUGACGGGGCACAGCGUGCAGCUGACAGAUGAACAGGUGGCCCUGGUGCAGCGACUGCAGAGGGGCCAGUUUGGGGAUGUGAGCUUCAACCCGUACGAGCCAGCUGUGGACUUCUUCAGCGGGGACCUCAUGAUCCACCCAGUGACCAACCGGCCUGCUGACAAGCGCAGCUUUAUCCCGUCCCUGGUGGAGAAGGAGAAGGUCUCCCGCAUGGUGCACGCCAUUAAGAUGGGCUGGAUUCAGCCUCGCCGUCCUCGGGACUCCACCCCCAGCUUCUACGACCUGUGGGCCCAAGAGGACCCCGACGCGGUGCUGGGCCGGCACAAAAUGCACGUGCCCGCCCCCAAGCUGGCCCUGCCGGGCCACGCGGAGUCCUACAACCCACCUCCCGAGUACCUGCCCAGUGAGGAGGAGCGCGUGGCCUGGGAGCAGCGGGAGCCCGCCGAGAGGAGCCUCAACUUCCUGCCGCGCCGGUUCCCGAGCCUGCGGGCUGUGCCCGCGUACGGCCGCUUCAUCCAGGAGCGCUUCGAGCGCUGCCUUGACCUCUACCUGUGCCCACGGCAGCGCAAGAUGAGGGUGAACGUGGACCCUGAGGACCUCAUCCCCAGACUGCCCCGGCCCCGCGACCUGCAGCCUUUCCCCACGUGCCAGGCCCUGGUCUACAGGGGCCACAGCGACCUCGUCCGCUGCCUCAAUGUCUCCCCGGGUGGCCAGUGGCUGGCAUCAGGCUCGGAUGAUGGCUCCGUGCGGCUCUGGGAGGUGGCCUCCGCCCGCUGCGUGAGGACUGUGCCCGCGGGGGGCGUGGUGAAGAGUGUCGCCUGGAACCCCUGCCCGACCGUCUGCCUGGUGGCUGUGGCAGUGGAGGACGCGGUGCUGCUGCUGAACCCGGCCCUGGGGGACCGGCUCGUGGUGGGCAGCACGGACCAGCUGCUGAGCGCCUUCGUCCCCCCCGCGGAGACGGCUGCGCAGCCCGCCCACUGGCUGGAAGCCUCGGAGGAGGAGCGCCGGGGCGGCCUGCGGCUGCGCAUCUGCCACGGCAAGCCAGUGACGCAGGUGACGUGGCACGGUCGUGGGGACUACAUGGCCGUGGUGCUGGCCACCCAGGGCCACACCCAGGUGCUGAUCCACCAGUUGAGCCGGCGCCGCAGCCAGAGCCCUUUCCGCCGCGGCCACGGUCAGGUGCAGCGCGUGGCCUUCCACCCCGUGCGGCCCUUUCUGCUCGUGGCUUCCCAGCGCAGCGUCCGCCUCUACCACCUGCUGCGCCAGGAGCUCACCAAGAAGCUGACGCCCAACUGCAAGUGGGUGUCCAGCCUGGCAGUGCACCCGGCAGGCGACAAUGUCAUCUGUGGCAGCUACGACAGCAAGCUGGUGUGGUUUGACCUGGAUCUCUCCACCAAGCCGUACAGGGUGCUGAGGCACCACAAGAAGGCCCUCCGGGCCGUGGCCUUCCACUCCCGGUACCCGCUCUUUGCCUCUGGCUCCGACGACGGCAGUGUCAUCGUCUGCCACGGGAUGGUGUACAACGACCUGCUGCAGAACCCGCUGCUGGUGCCUGUGAAGGUGCUCAAGGGGCACAGCCUGACCAAAGCCCUGGGGGUGCUGGACGUGGCCUUCCACCCCACCCAGCCGUGGGUCUUCUCUGCCGGGGCUGACGGCACCCUCCGCCUCUUCACCUAGGUGACCCUGCUUCCCGGGCGGGGCAGGUGGGGCUGGGCUGUGUGUGUGCUCAGGACACUCAAUAGAGGCGUUUCUCUUGCUGGCGUGAC